GAUGCUAUUAUUUCCUACAAGGAAAUCCUCCAGAUGUACUGGGAGAAAGCAACGAGCUUUGUGAAUGCCCAAUGCGAUGGACUUGAGCCCUGGCAACUGAUUGGGUUGACGUUUUCUUCUACAAUUAUAAGCAUAUGGCUGCAUGGUUUUCUCUUUCAGUCCGAGAGCUUAACAUCUCGAAUUAAAAAACAGUUCUUUAAACUACUGAGAAAAAUGCCAUUUGUUGGGGCUAUAAUUCAAAAGAAGAUUGAUGAAGCCCUGAAUGAUGUCACUUCCAGUUUAUCCUUCCUGAAAGAUGAAAAGGAUUAUAUCAAAGCACUGCCGGAACAAGGCAUGAGCCAGCCUGAAGUACUAGAGAAGAUGAAAGAGUACAGCUUAAAAGGAGAUGUACGUUGGCAGGAUGGGAAAGUCUCUGGGACUGUGUACAGCGGUGAAGAGAAACUCACCCGUCUGCUAGUGAAGGUGUAUGAGGAGUUUGCCUGGAGUAAUCCUCUCCAUCCGGAUAUAUUCCCUGGUUUGAGGAAGAUGGAAGCAGAAGUAGUGAGGAUUGCCUGUACGCUCUUCAAUGGGGGCCCCAAAUCUUGUGGUGCUAUGACAUCUGGGGGGACUGAGAGCAUUCUGAUGGCCUGCAAGGCGUACCGGGACCUGGCUUAUGAGAGAGGCAUCAAACAGCCAGAAGUGUUGGUCCCAGUGAGUGCUCACGCAGCGUUUGACAAGGCAGCACACUACUUUGGACUGAAGUUGAUUCACAUACCGUUGACCAAGGCUAUGGAAGUGGAUGUUCAGGCAAUGAGGAGAGCUAUCUCGAAGAACACAGCCAUGCUGGUCUGUUCUGCUCCCCAGUUUCCGCAUGGAAUUAUGGACCCGAUUGAAGAGGUGGCAGAGCUUGCAGUGAAGUACAAAAUCCCCUUCCACGUUGACGCCUGCCUGGGUGGUUUUCUCAUUGCUUUCAUGGACAAGGCAGGGUUCCCUCUAAAGCGUCCAUUUGACUUCCGUGUAAAAGGUGUGACCAGCAUUUCUGCUGAUACCCACAAGUAUGGCUACGCUCCCAAGGGCUCCUCAGUGGUGCUGUACAGCGACAAGAAGUACAGGAGCUACCAGUUCUUUAUAGCACCCGACUGGCAAGGGGGCAUAUAUGCCUCCCCGUCCGUGGCAGGCUCCAGGCCUGGUGGCAUCAUAGCCGCAUGCUGGGCCACUCUGAUGCACAUAGGGGAAUCUGGCUACGUUGAGGCUACCAAGAGGAUCAUUAAAACGACUCGUUUCCUCGAAUCAGAGUUGAGAAAAAUUGACAGCAUCUUCAUUUUUGGGAAACCUGAGGUGUCUGUCCUCUCCAUUGGUUCGGACACUUUUGACAUUUAUCGAUUAUCUAAUUUCUUAGCUGCAAAAGGAUGGAACUUAAACGUCCUCCAGUUCCCAUCAAGUAUUCAUCUCUGCAUUACGCAGUUGCACACGAAGUCCGGUGUUGCUGAACAGUUCCUGAAAGAUGUCAAAGACAGCAUUGAGGAGAUCAUGAAGGACCUCAAUGCCAAGACCACAGGCAUGGGAGCCAUCUAUGGAAUGGCCCAGUCCGUCCCAGACAGGAGCUUGGUAGCGGAGAUUUCUCAGGCGUACUUGGACGGCCUCUACAGCACGGAUGUUCCUUGCAGUGAAAAGCACAUGAAUGGCUCUCCCAGCCACCACUGACUGUAGUUCAACAAUCGGUGCCUUGCCAACUAGCACUGGGGUGGUUCUAAAGGUUUCCUAGGGGAAGAGAUUGCAGUAAGCCUUUGUUACUACAAUUGCAGGUCUGAUGAUGGCUUGAUCUUGAAAACUUCCUUUCCCAUCUUAGUCUGUCCUGAUAUCUGCAUUAUUUCCAUACCCAGCUUUAGUUUUAGGGCUUUUCUUUCCUUCCCCCUGCCUAUUUUCAUCAUGACUAUUGGUGGUGAAUUGAACGUCCAUUCCACAACUCCAAAUUCCUCAGGUAUUCUCUGCAUCACUUCAUUCCUUGCUGUUUCUUCUCCUCAGACCUGGUAUUCAGCUGGUGUCCAGCCAAGUGUUAGAUCUGAGUGCUCAUAAUGUGUUCCAAAGCUUCAACCUUCCCAGAAGUUAAAGGUAGAAAAUAAAUUGAAUAUUUUGUUUUCUUUUGAGUAUUUCUCCAAGCUACUGCACUUAACAGACUGUGCUGGGAGCCUUGUAGCUA